AAGUGUCAACGUUUCCGUUGGAGGUUUGACAGCAGUCCUUCCUCAAAUGAGAAGACGUAAAAGAUGGAGCUUCAUAUUUUAGAGCACAGCUUGAAAGUGGCGAGUAUAGAGAAAGAAGGGAUCCAGAUUUGCACUCACGGAUUAAUAAAACUCGCCUUCCUGGCCUCCAAAACAAGAUGCAAGUUUUUCAGUUUGACAGAGACUCCAGAGGACUAUACCAUCAUCGUCGACGAGGAAGGAUUUAAAGAGCUGCCCCAGUCGGAGCACAUCAGCGUUGCCGAUGCCACGUGGGUGGCCCUUAACGUGGUGUCAGGAGGUAGCAACACAUCCACUUCACAACCCAUAGGAGUCACCAAAAUCGCUAAAUCAGUCAUCGCACCACUGGCCGACCACAACAUUUCUGUUUUCAUGCUGUCGACGUAUCAGACGGACUUCAUCCUGGUUCGAGAGCGAGACCUCCCGAUGGUCAUGCACACUCUGUCUUCCGAAUUCACUUUGUUUCGAGUGGUCAACGGGGAGACUGUUGCUGCUCACAAUCUGGGGGUGACCAAUGGCUUUGUGAAACCAAAACUAGUGCCCCGUCCUAUCAUUCACCCCUUAUCCAGUCCCAGCAACAUGUUCUGUGUGACCAGCCUGGACCCAGACACACUGCCCUCUGUGGCCACUCUGCUCAUGGACGUCAUGUUUUACUCUGGAGGGCAAAAAGAGUCUGGAGCAUCCAGUGAAGACUCAAACCACAUCCGCUUCUUCUCCUUCUCCCUGAUCGAGGGCUACAUCUCUCUGGUCAUGGAUGAACAGACCACACAAAGGUUUCCAAACAAUGUACUUUUUACCAGUGCCUCUGGUGAGCUUUGGAAAAUGGUUCGAAUUGGAGGGCAACCUUUAGGAUUUGAUGAGUGCGGCAUCGUGGCUCAGAUAUCAGAACCGCUGGCGACGGCUGACAUUCCAGCUUACUACAUUAGCACCUUCAAGUUUGACCACGCCCUGGUUCCUGAAGAAAACAUCCAAAGUGUCAUUGGCGCACUGCGGACUGAGAGUGCUGCACAGUGAAGGAAGCUGGAGAAAGCGAUGACGACUACCAUCUCCAAAGUCAUUUUGUUUAAAAGUUUAUCAUGUCCAAAAAGUGCCAAGAGCUUGCUAGCGGACUACUGUGGGUCAACUCUGAAAGGAAGGACGGAGGGAGACAGUGUGUUAGGGAAGCCUUUGUUACUCAAGCAUUUUCUUUACCCCCCCAACUACUCUUUGCCUUCCUUCGUGCCCAAGUCCCCUCCACCUCCACGCUCUGGUAGUUUUUGCGUUAGUUUACCAAACUGUCUCUUUUCUUCUCUAAAGCUGCUUCUUCCCACUCCCUGACCCUCCUGAGCACCCUACUGUAUUAGUUACAUAAUUCCUCUCAUGGAAAGAUGACGAAUGUACUCUCAAAGCAAAAUAAUUAUUAUAUAUAGUUAUCAAAUUCUCCUUUUUUGUUUGCUUUGUUUUUCCACAGGUCAUUUUUCUCAGUGCCAACAUGUAUGAAUGCCUAAACCGAUGCCUUUGUCUAAAAUACUGCACAUGUGCAAUUGAAGGAGACAGCCAGCGUUGGCGCUUGUUUUUGCUUUUUAGUCGUCGUUGAACAUGUUUUUAAUCAUCGAUCUGACUAUUGAAGUCCCCCAGACUUAAAAUCAGUCUGGCAAAACGUGAAGUGAAUCAUUGUUUUUGUGCAUUUAAUAAGUUACAUCCAUGCACACUGUGAGCAAGAUGAUCGACGGGCCAAUCAGGAUCCGUAGAUUUGAUUAUUUUCAGCGAUUUGGCUGAUAGGCGUCAUUUUUGUGAGAGGUUGUUGAUUUCUUAUUUGAUUUUGGAUAGGAUAUAGAAAACAAAGUUCCCAGUUGACGUAUUCUUAAUAACUUCUCCCACAGCGUCACAAUCAGUUCAAAACGUCUCUUAUUUUGAGACAUUCCCACCAGCCUCUUCUGCACACUAUUUGUUACCUGAAAUGGUCAACAUGGUCCUCAUUAGACCUCUGAAACACUAUCACGUGAGCAUUACAACCACUCCCACACUAACCACUAUGUGCCAAAUUUAGGUUCAGUUUGCCACAAAAUUAAAUUUAAGUCUGUACCGUCUUAUGAGGGUUUUAAAUUAGCUCUAAAUUGUUAUUUCUCUUUGUUCAUAUUGUGUCAGUUCUAAUUUAAAACAUAAAAAUUGCACGCUGGAAUCAAUGUGGGUUUCUCUUUUUCUUUUUUUCUUUUUUUUAAUGGAGUGAGGGUCAAAAAGUGUUGAUUAAAAACUCCAUCCAGCCAUUCUCUUCCACUUAUCCUCCUCAUCUUUCAAACUGAGUGAGUAUUAAUCAGUGGACAUGAAGAAACUGAUUUUAAUUGGUUUAGUUUGUAUUAAAAAAAAUAAGAAUACAAAUUUAAAAAUGCAAAAAAUAGCCAUUAAAAAGUGUAAAGCUGGGCAUACACUGUGUGAUUUUUGGCCCAUUUUGAGACUAUUUUUCACUCGUGCGACAGUCUUGGGGAUCGGCCUGAGUUUAGCCUUAAUCGUGUGUCAUACAUUGUGUAGUAUACCUGAGAAGCGAUUAACAUCUUCAUGUUACCAAGCUAAAGGUCACGUCAGAGCAUCCUGACCUAUGAAUUUCUAACCUCUGCGAUUCAGUCGCACAGUUUGAGCGCAAGCUGAAUAACGCGACUGAAAGAAAUCGCACAGUGUAUGCCCAGCUUUAGUAAAAUACUCAGUGCAGAUCUAUAGCAGGCACAUAAAAUUCCAAAUUACCUUUACAAUCUUCCUCGUACCCAGAAAUAUAUCUGAAACUCCAACUGAUAUUGAUUUGAUUGAUGGAUUUAAAAAAAAAAAAAAAAAAAACC